CGCCGUAUUUCCUUUCCUUGACAGCAAGCAACAAUGUCAGGCCGUCACCGACACGACCCACCUUCCAGCGGAUCUAACAGCGGACGUAGUGGCAGCGGAUCGAACCGAUCUCAGCCCUACCCGGCUCAUCGCUCGACAUCGCGAUCGGAUAAUUCGCGGUCGGCCACACAGACGCCUUUACCGCAGACUCGUACGGAAGAGCCCCGAACGGAAGCCUUUACGGUGGACUGCCAACAGUGCAUGGACAAUGCGACAAGGGACAACAACAGAAUGCCCUGCGCGCUGUGCAUCGUAUCCUUCACGAACGAACGAAUUUCCGGCACCGGAGCGCAACACCGUGCUCAGGCGGCGGCACUUUACCUAAACGUUGUCGCUGGCAAUUUGAGUGCAUACCGGUACUUGGCCGGCAGAGAAUACCUGAUUAAUCAACUGGAGUCAUAUGAACAGGACAACCUGGCUACAAUUCAGCGACAACGAGCUCGCGACCCGAGAUGGGAGGAAACUCGACCACCAGUCCUAACAAAUAGGCUGUUCGAGUAUCGUCAGAUGUUGGACCUGCAACGUCAACUUGACGACCAGAAGAAGAUAAAGGAGGUCGAUAGGAAGAUCGCCACAAUGCGAGUCCAUCCACCACCGACCGAUUUCGAACCGGAAAUAAAGAUUCGGGUACAGACACCCACACAGGGUCUCCCGACAGUCGGAGAAUUAACUCCUACAAUACGUGAUGUCUUCGUCGGAGAUUCGAACCGACCGAUGACCGGCGCAUCUAUAACGAUGAUGAUGAAUAUGCCGGACGGAACUCAACAGCCAGUUACCUUCACACCGGCAACUCAGGAACAGUUGAUGGCAAUCCCACACAGGGCAACGCCAGUGGUCACACAGGCCCGUCCAACUGUUUCUCAGCAGAUUCCUCAAUCCGGAAUCCCUGGAAAUCGCGCUCAACAGCAGCGCCGACCGAGCAAAAACCUUGCGGGACAUGACCUUAGACACCGGAUCGGCCCAGUUGACCUUCGAGACAGAAUCGAAGCGCAACGAGCCGUUAUCCAUGAAGCAGGAAAGGAGCCAACCAGAGCUCCACCAGGGAAACGUACUGGAUCUGGAGAAACGGGGAUCGGACUUACGGUCGACUUAACAAAUAAGUCGAAACGUAACGUCAUCCCACCUGAACAACGGCCGGAAGCCCAACAAGCGGAACCACCGGCCGAAGUCCAAUCUGAACUGGCAGCUCAACAGGAGCAGAUGGACGUCGACGUAGCCGACCAGAUGGCACAACUGCCACAGGUGGAAGUGCCGACCCGAGAAGACCCUCGCUAUGACCGAGCUCGACAACAAGGAAUCGAGGUCGUCAUGCCACACCCUACCGAAAGGACGAACCAUAUUAUGAACGUCAUGAAUUACGAGGAACGGAACCGACCACAAAUCUGGCGGAUGGUAGAAAACCUUCGUCAAUUCCUCGUCCGAUCCGGAUACCAGACGCUGUUCGAACAACAUCAGUGGCGGUCCGACUUCAACAUGAACGCGCACACAGCGCCGAAUGUUGAACACCCGUACACCAGAUCGAAUGCGUUGCCGUCGAUGACCGACCCGGUCUUGCUCAAUAUACCAUUGUACAGCCCGGACGGAACACGUGCGAGCCAACUAGGAGCUCGGGAAUACUCCCAUGACGAGUUGGAGAGUGUUGCCCAGUUCGUCAUCACGGACGCACACCCAGCCUUUGUAAUCACCGCGGCUCGGGCAGCACUGGAUUUAACCCAGCAUCUUCCGGAAGGAGAAGUUGACACGGCCCAGGACGGAGUCACGGCAUUCCUGCGAUUUGUCUUCGCAGCCCGACUUGGCAAUUAUUACUGCCAUUAUACAUUAUACGGCUUGUACCAGAAUGAGAUGAUACCAGCGGCUGUGGAAACCCUCGUAGCCCAACUCGGCACGCCAAUGAGAAGUGUUAUCCUAGCUGUCUGGAUGCGUGACUUGCUGUACACCCACGAACGGUAUGCGACAAAGUAUGCCUUUCGUGAGGACCACGUAGACCCCAGCGACGAUGCAACCCGAUUCAUCAGCUGGUACCGCGAAAAGAAAACUUUGCCUAGCGGAUUCAACUCGUCGCCCUACGAACCUUGGAUGUCGGAUGACAUAGCACCCGGCGCACGACCGUUCGCGCUGCGGCUCCGCAAACAAGCGGCCAAGGAAUCGAGGAAGAGCAGAGCGGAGCGCCCAGGCCAGGAAACAGAUGAGACCGACGAGAUGUCUCAACGGAGCGGCCCGGCGACUUGUAAACCUAGGGACCCGAACAUACGGCCACAUAACCGACCUGGCCCGGACGAUGAUGAAGAAGAAGAUUACUUCGGCGGCGAUAAACCCGUCGAAGUUCCACUCAGUUAAGAUCGAGUUCCCACACUGGAACUCGAUCCCCCAUUGGAAUAACUUCAAGGAGGCAUUGCCGAGAAACGGCACGGUCGAAAACCGACCUUCCGACUGAGAAACAGUCUAGCUGAGAAACAGCGCCGUCGAGAACCGACUUUGGAACGGACACUUCUCUUUAGUUCUUUUUGUGGAAAAUGACCAACCAUGUACGCGGCGGACGUCAACGACGAUUUUGCCAGAAAAACCGACUACACAAGUCGGCCGGAUUCUUUGGUCGGACCCGGAAACGUGUGGUUAGACCCGGGUAUUUCGGCUCUUUCACCGUACCGGUACGUCCCCCAAGGAAUCCCCUGGAACGAACUGGGCAACCGACCCCAGUUCCCCAGCUUGGCAAAAACAGAUCGUAACCACAUCUGCUAACAAAGCAGAUCGUCAACCACGUUCUGCGACCAUCGGAGCCAACAGAAGCCCCAAUCCGCGUUACAUGGAGAAUACUCCGGCCAACCGACUCCGGAGAAGAAACCGAGAGGAUUACGCUAACAUGGCGCGAAACACGUGACUGCGCGCGUUUCACGCCAUGUUUGCCAAGCACCCGUGGCCAACUUCAGAACCGGGUAGCCGAGCAGCCUUCACCAUUGUAAACAGCGGAAACCCCUCGGCCGAGCCGCCAACAGUGCAGGAAGACUCGGAUUUGACUAGGUACGGGAGCCGACCACAAAGGUCGACUUCGUACUUUGCCCAUAACUUGGAGACAUAGCGGAUAUUGCUGCGCAAGUCGACCACAAAGGUCGGUUGUGCAAGCCGAUCACAAAGAUCGGUUUUGGAGACCCAAACUGUUCGACCUGUAACGAUGCAGAUCGUCGACUGAGCAUAUGGUAGCCGACCAACAAGAAGUCGACCAUGGACGGAAGCUGGC